AUGUCCCGGCCCCUGUCAGACCAGGAGAAGAGAAAGCAAAUCAGCGUGCGUGGCUUGGCCGGCGUGGAGAAUGUGACUGAGCUGAAGAAGAACUUCAACCGGCACCUCCACUUCACACUCGUAAAGGACCGCAAUGUGGCCACCCCGAGAGACUACUACUUUGCGCUGGCCCACACCGUGCGCGACCACCUUGUGGGCCGCUGGAUCCGCACACAGCAACACUACUAUGAGAAGGACCCCAAGAGGAUCUACUACCUGUCUUUGGAGUUCUACAUGGGACGGACGCUACAAAACACCAUGGUGAACUUGGCCUUGGAGAAUGCCUGCGAUGAGGCCACCUACCAGCUGGGCCUGGACAUGGAGGAGCUGGAAGAAAUCGAGGAGGACGCAGGGCUGGGCAAUGGGGGCCUGGGCCGGCUGGCAGCCUGCUUUCUGGACUCCAUGGCAACACUGGGCCUGGCUGCCUAUGGCUACGGGAUUCGCUAUGAGUUUGGGAUUUUUAACCAGAAGAUCUGCGGGGGCUGGCAGAUGGAGGAGGCUGAUGACUGGCUUCGCUACGGCAACCCCUGGGAGAAGGCCCGACCCGAGUUCACACUGCCUGUGCACUUCUAUGGCCGAGUGGAUCACACCAGCCAGGGGGCCAAGUGGGUGGACACACAGGUGGUAUUGGCUAUGCCCUACGACACACCCGUGCCUGGCUACCGCAACAACGUUGUCAACACUAUGCGCCUCUGGUCGGCCAAGGCGCCUAAUGACUUCAACCUCAAAGACUUCAACGUUGGUGGCUAUAUCCAGGCUGUGCUGGACCGCAACCUGGCGGAGAACAUCUCUCGUGUCCUGUACCCCAAUGACAACUUCUUCGAGGGAAAGGAGCUGCGGCUGAAGCAGGAGUACUUUGUGGUGGCCGCCACCCUCCAGGACAUCAUUCGUCGCUUCAAGUCCUCCAAGUUCGGCUGCCGUGAUCCCGUGCGCACGAACUUCGAUGCCUUCCCAGAUAAGGUGGCCAUUCAGCUCAAUGACACCCACCCCUCUUUGGCCAUCCCUGAGCUGAUGAGGAUCCUGGUGGACCUCGAGCGGCUGGAGUGGGACAAGGCGUGGGAAGUGACAGUGAAGACCUGCGCCUACACCAAUCACACGGUGCUGCCCGAGGCCCUGGAGCGCUGGCCGGUGCACCUUCUGGAGACACUGCUGCCGCGGCACCUCCAGAUCAUCUACGAGAUUAACCAGCGCUUCCUUAACCGGGUGGCGGCUGCAUUCCCAGGGGACGUAGACCGGCUGCGGCGCAUGUCCCUCGUGGAGGAGGGCGCGGUGAAGCGCAUCAACAUGGCACACCUGUGCAUCGCAGGUUCCCACGCCGUCAAUGGCGUGGCUCGCAUCCACUCUGAGAUCCUCAGGAAGACCAUCUUCAAGGAGUUUUAUGAGCUGGAGCCUCAUAAGUUCCAGAAUAAGACCAAUGGCAUCACCCCUCGGCGCUGGCUGGUUCUGUGUAACCCCGGGCUGGCAGAGGUCAUUGCUGAGCGCAUCGGGGAAGACUACAUCUCAGACCUGGACCAGCUGCGCAAACUUCUCUCCUUCGUGGAUGAUGAAGCCUUUAUCCGGGAUGUGGCCAAAGUGAAACAGGAAAACAAGUUGAAGUUCUCUGCGUACCUAGAGAGGGAGUACAAAGUUCACAUCAACCCCAACUCGCUCUUUGACAUCCAGGUGAAGCGGAUUCAUGAAUAUAAACGACAGCUCCUCAACUGCCUCCAUGUCAUCACCCUGUACAACCGCAUCAAGAAGGAUCCCAACAAGUUUUUUGUGCCUCGGACUGUGAUGAUCGGAGGGAAGGCUGCGCCUGGGUACCACAUGGCCAAGAUGAUCAUUAAGCUCAUUACAGCCAUUGGGGAUGUGGUCAACCACGACCCGGCAGUGGGAGACCGCCUCCGUGUGAUCUUCUUGGAGAACUAUCGAGUCUCACUGGCUGAGAAAGUGAUCCCGGCUGCUGACCUCUCGGAGCAGAUCUCCACUGCGGGCACUGAGGCCUCAGGCACUGGCAACAUGAAGUUCAUGCUCAAUGGAGCGCUGACCAUUGGCACCAUGGACGGGGCCAACGUGGAGAUGGCGGAAGAGGCGGGAGAGGAGAACUUUUUCAUCUUUGGCAUGCGGGUGGAGGACGUGGAAAAGCUUGACCAGAGAGGGUACAAUGCCCAGGAGUACUACGACCGCAUUCCCGAGCUUCGCCACAUCAUUGACCAGCUGAGCAGCGGCUUCUUCUCCCCGAAACAGCCCGACCUCUUCAAGGACAUUGUCAACAUGCUCAUGCACCAUGACCGGUUUAAAGUCUUUGCAGAUUAUGAAGACUACAUUAAAUGCCAGGAGAAAGUCAGUAACCUGUAUAAGAACCCGAGAGAGUGGACGCGGAUGGUGAUCCGGAACAUAGCCACCUCUGGCAAGUUCUCCAGCGACCGCACCAUUGCCCAGUAUGCCCGGGAGAUCUGGGGUGUAGAGCCUUCCCGCCAGCGCCUGCCGGCCCCUGAUGAGAAGAUCUGA